UCUGGGAGGGGUCGCCUAGGCUGACUAGAAGGCGCGUACCAUGGCAGCACUGGGCGCCACAAGUGCUUUCGCCGGCAGGAGCCGCCCCACAGAGGCCAUGGAGUGUGCCGUACCUAUGCUGUUGGUGCCAGUGCCCGCUGAGGCGACUGGGCGGCUGGGGCCCCGGGCGCAGCUAAACAGGCAGCAGGAGGCCCUCGGGAGUCUGACGUCCGCGGGCAGCCUUCAAGUGCUUUCCUUGGUGCCGGGCGGUCGGGCCGGGGGCGGCUGCUGUCUCGCGGGCCCUUUCCAGCAGUUUAUGUGGGAGGAUUCUGAUAGCAGCACACUAACACGUAAGACCAAACUGCUUGCUCUUAGUGAAAAGCAUGAACUGCUUAUUUAUGAAUUUGACUUGAAAAAUGGGAGAUGUGAUGCCGCUAUAUCGUACACCUGUAGUGGGAAGACUCUGCAAAAGCUUAUUGAAGAUCAGGAUAUCAGUAUUUCCUUACUGUCUUUGAGAAUUCUGUCAUUUUAUAAUAACACAUCAUUAUUAUUCAUCAACAAAUGUGUCAUCCUACAUGUUGUAUUUCCUGAGAAUGAUACUGAAAGUAGAGUACUCAACUGUUUCACAUUACCCUUGCCUGCACAGACAGCAGACACCAUCGUUGACUCGCAGCUUUGCAGAAGAAUUCUUUUUGUUUUGAGUAGUUUAAAUUGGAUCCGUAUCCUUGGCAGAUUAGUGUGCUUCUUCACGUUGUUCCUUAUCAGGCAACAUCCGGGAUACUUACUACGUAAAAGAACACUGGAAGAUCUUCCUAUUCAAGGACUUAAGGGGAUAGAUGAAGAUGAUCCUGUUAACUCUGUCCACAGCAUGAAACUGACCAAAUGUUCUUUCCAGGUUGAUAGAUCUUGGAGUGCCCAGUUAUUAUCCUUGAAUGAAACAAAAAAGAGCUCCAAACUAGAUAUUUCUUGUGUUCCAUGGUUCCAGGAUAUUUUGCAUUUGGAGUCCCCAGAAUCUGGUCAUCAUGGUACCAGUGUGCCAAGCUGGAUUUUUAUUUCACAGGACAUGAUGCAGGGUCAGUAUGAUCUUCUACAGAAAGAUGAUGCCAAGACCAAUGAUCCUGGAAAAUCCUGGAAGAUAAUGCACUUCAGUGAACGAAAGGAAUCUACAGAACUUAAAUGUGUGUCUGUGACAGGGUUCACUGCACUGUUUACUUGGGCAGCGGAAACAAUUGACUAUACUAUUGUCCUCUGGGAUUUGGAGACCCAGGCUUCGCAAUGUUUCUCCUUUGGCCAGAAGUGUAUUCCUGUAGACAGUGGAGACCAGCAACUGUGCUUUGUUUUGACAGAAAAUGGACUCUCUUUGAUUUUGUUUGGUUUGACUCAAGAGGAAUUUUUAAACAGACUAAUGAUCCAUGGAAGCGCCAGUGUUGUGGACUGUCUUUGUCAUCUGAAUGGGUGGGGGAGAUGCUCAAUUCCCAUACAUGCCCUAGAGGCUGGGAUAGAAAAUCGUCAGCUUGACACUGUAGAUUUCUUCUUAAAGAGCAAGGGAAAUCUUUUUGCUACAUCCUCAAAAUCUUCUGUACCUGAUCAGUUGGAUCACUUUCCAGCCCAGUUAUAUUUAAGAAAUGUGGAAGAGCUGACACCAGCAUUGGAUUUACUGUGCUCAGCAAUUAAAGAAAAUUAUUCUGAAACCCAAAGCAAACACUUUGCAGAACAAUUGCUUACUCUUACUCUGUCUUUCCUUAACAAACAAAUAAAGGAGCUUUUUAUUUACACUGAAGAGCUAGAUGAACAUCUACAGAAAGGAGUGAAUAUUUUGACCAGCUAUAUUAAUGAGCUUCGAACUUUCAUGAUAAAGUUUCCUUGGAAACUAACAGAUGCUACAGAUGAAUAUGAUGUAAUUGAAAAUAUCUCCACAGUAAAGGAGACUGCUAUUUGGGAAAAGCUCAGCUUUGAGGAAGUUAUUGCCAGUGCCAUUUUAAACAACAAAAUACCAGAAGCACAAACCUUCUUCAGGAUGAAUAAUCAUUCUGCUCAAAGACUUGAGGAAUUGAUUAGGAUAGGCCUCGAUUUGGUCUUUGUCAAUUUAAAAAAGAGCAAUAUACAGGAAGCCUUUGAACUUUUGAAGAAUAUGGGUUUCGAUGUAAAAGACCAACUGUUCAAGAUAUGCUUCUAUACAACUGAUAAAAAUAUUCGAAACCUUUUGGUUGAAAUUUUAAAAGAAAAAAAUUAUCUUUCUGAGAAAGAAAAAAGAACAAUAGACUUUGUACAUCAAGUUGAGAAGUUUUAUUUGGAAGACUUCCAAGAAAAUGUACAGAUCCAGUCCUUUCCCAGGUAUUGGAUAAAGGAACAAGAUUAUUUCAAGUACAAAUCUGUUUUGGAUUCAUUCCUCAAAGAUGACCAUAAAGAGGAGCUUAACAAACUGGAUCAUAAAAUUGCGUUGAACUGGGCUCGGUGGUGGGAUGGGCCAACACAAGAAUAUAUCCUUCUCCCCAGGAUAAGUCCAGAAGAAUAUAAAUCAUAUUCCCCCAGAACUCUCUGGAGAUACCUAACAGAUCACCAUGAUUGGUCAAGCAUUAACUUGUGGACUGAAGAAUUUCAGACCCUGAAGGAUUACGUAUCACUUCAGAACAAGUGGCCCCCUCUGACUGUUGAUGUUAUUGAUCAGAAUACUUGCUGCAACAACUAUAUGAGGAAUGCAAUUUUAGAUAAGCUAGCCAGGAAUGGGAUUUUUCUCGUGUCUGAACUGGAAGACUUUGAACUCUUCCUCCUCCGACUGAGCCGAAUUGGAGGUGUGAUACAAGAUACCCUUCCUGUUCAAAACUACAGGAACAAAGUGGGCUGGGAUUUCCAUUCCCACUUCAUUCUCUAUUGCUUAGAACAUGGUCUGCAGCAUCUUCUUUAUGUCUAUCUUGAUCAUUACAAAUUCAGUCCCGAAAAUUGUCCUUUUUUGGAAAAGAAAGAAUUACAUGAAACUUAUCCUUGGUUUGAAUUUUUAGUUCAGUGUCGACAAGUUUCUAAUAAUUUUACAGAUCCCAAGCUGAUCUUCCAGGCUAGCCUUGCGAAUGCUCAGAUUUUGAUUCCCACCAAUCAGGCCAGUGUAAGCAGUAUGCUAUUGGAAGGACAUACCCUCCUGGCCCUUGCUACUACAAUGUAUGCUCCUGGGGGCGCCAGCCAGGUCGUUCAGAAUGAAGAAAAUGAGAACUGCUUGAAGAAAGUGGAUCCCCAACUUCUGAGGAUGGCCUUAACACCUUAUCCAAAGUUAAAAGCUGCUCUGUUCCCACAGUGCACUGCUCCUAGUGUCCUGCCACUUGACAUUACACUCUACCACCUCAUUCAGAAAUGGAAAAAAGUCUUCUUACAAUCUCCAGAGAGCUACAGUAAGCCUGAACAAAAAGGCUAUACGCUGAGUCAUCUUCCACAUUUCUCUAGCCCUGGUCUGGUAAAUAAAUAUGCUGUAGUAGAACAUUUGAAUUUUGCUUAUUAUUUACAUCAUGGGCGCCCAUCAUUUGCAUUUGGUACUUUUCUGGUCCAGGAAUUAACCAAAAGCAAGACUCCCAAGAAGCUGAUCCAGCAAGCAGGCAAGGAAGCCUAUGUCUUAGGGCUUUCAUCUUUCCACAUACCUUCUGUAGGAGCUGCCUGUGUUUGUUUCCUAGAAUUACUUGGCCUUGACAGCCUCAAGCUCAGAGUUGAUAUGAAAGUGGCCAAUAUAAUUUUGAGCUACAAGUGUAGAAAUGAAGACACUCAGUACAGCUUUCUCCGAGAGUCUUUAGCUGAGAAACUGUAUAAACUGGCAGAUGAUGAAAAGGCAACCACAGAAGAAUUGCUUGUUCUUCUAGAAGAAGGUAUAUGGAAUAGCAUUCAGCACCAGGAAGUAAAUAGGUUAUCCAGUGAAUCUGAGAGCCAGUGGACAUUAGUGGUACAGUUUGGCAGGCUCCACAAUAUGAAACUGAGCAUGUCCUACCUUAGAGAAUGUGCCAAAGCAAAUGACUGGUUGCAGUUCCUUAUUCAUAGCCAGCUCCAUAACUACCAAACAGAGGAGGUGAAGUCUCUUCUUCAGUGUUUCAGCCCCAUCCUGCAAGACCACUUACAACUAGCUUUUGAGAACUUGGCCUCAGUAUCCAACUCAAGAGUGAACAGUGGUCAAGUCAGUACUGAGUCUCCUCAGGAACUCCAGAGAAACAAAGACGAGAUGACUAAUUUCUUUGAAGUUCUGCUACAGUGCUCAGAGCAACCAAAAUCCUGUCAUUGGCUCCUGGCUGAGGCAGUGAGACAAAAGGCCCCUGUCCUCAGUAUCCUGGCUUCAUGUCUCCAGGAUGCCAGUGCUGUUUCCUGUCUUUGUGUCUGGAUCAUUACCUCUGUGGAGGACAGUGUUGCUGCUGAAGUAAUGGGACAUAUUCGGGGCUUGACAGAAGACCACCCCUGGGACCUUGAGGAUUUUUCCAUCAUCUGGAGAACAUUAUUAACAAGGCAGAAGAGCAGAACUCUCAUCAGAGGUUUCCAGCUUUUCUUUAAGGAUUCACCAUUACUACUGAUGAUGGAAGUAUAUGAACUAUGUAUGUUCUUCAAGAAUUAUAAGGAAGCCAAAGCUAAACUUCAGGAAUUCCAGAAGAGCCUUGAAACUCUUGACACAGCAACUACAGCAGUCCACCCUAUCCUCCCUGCUGUGUGGCUGAGGGACCAAGUGUGUUUCCUUUUGAAGCUUAUGCCACAGCAGUGUCAGACACAGUAUGAGCUGGGGAAGCUCUUACAGCUGUUUGUUGGAACAGAGCAUCUCUUCUGUGAUGAUCCAGAUAUAAAGAAGCUGUGUGUCCUUAACCACAUUUUGAAGGAUACAUCCAUACCCAUUAAUCAUACAGUUAUUAUCAGCUACAGCAUUGAAAAUUUUCAGCAUGAAUGUAGAUCUAUUUUGGAAAGACUGCAGACAGAUGGACAGUUUGCUUUGGCCAGGAGAACAGCAGAAUUAGCUGAGUUACCUGUGGACAACUUGGUUAUUGAAGAGAUAACACAGGAAAUGCAGGUACUAAAGCACAUGAAACAGUGGUCCUUGGAACAAGCAAGAAUUGAUUUCUGGAAAAAAUGCCAUGAGAACUUCAAGAAGAAUUCCAUUUCAAAUAAAGCAGCUUCUUCCUUUUUCUCCUCCCAGGCCCAUGUGGCCUAUGAACACCCAGUUGGAAGAGGCAGUACUGAAGAGCGCCAUCUGCUGCUCACCCUGGCUGGGCACUGGCUUGCACAGGAGGACCCAGUGCCCUUGGACAAGCUAGAGGAACUGGAGGAGCAGAUCUGGGUCUGCCGCAUCACCCAGCAUACCCUCCAAGGGCAGCAGCAGGAUGCAGAGCCAAGAUUUUCUCAACAAAUUUCAACUAGUGGUGAACUUUCUUUUGAUAGCUUAGCCAGGGAGUUUUCUUUCUCCAAAUUGGCUGCUCUGAACACAUCUAAAUACUUGGAACUUACUGGCCUUCCAUCCAUAGAGACAUGUGAGAAUAGACUGGAUUGGAAGGAGCAGGAAUCACUGAGCUUUCUGAUUGGGCGCCUUCUGGAUGAUGGCCAUGUACAUGAGGCAAGUAGAAUAUGCCGGUAUUUUCAUUUCUAUAACCGAGAUGUUGCCUUGGUGUUGCACUGCCGAGCCUUGGCCUCGGGGGAAGCAAGUGUGGAUGACCUGCAUCCAGAAAUCCGUGCUCUUCUACAAAGUGCUCAGCUUCCUGAGGAAGAAGAGGAGCCGGAUGUUCUAGGGAAAGACCAAAGCACUUCAAGUUUGGAUAGUCAGUCAUUUGUGAUGAUGCCCUCAAAGGAUGAGGUGGUGACAAAUCUGGAAAUUCUGACAAGCAAAUGCCUUUUUGGGAAGAACUACUGCCGGCAGAUCCUUUGCCUGUAUGAACUUGCCAAGGAGUUGGGCUGUUCCUACACAGAGGUUGCUACCCAGGAUGGCAAGGCCCUACUCCACGCAAUCCUGGCCUCUCAACAACCUGACCGGUGCAGACGAGCCCAGGCCUUCAUCAGUACCCAGGGCCUCCCUCCAGAAACUGUGGCUGAGCUUGUGGCUGAAGAGGUGAUGCAGGAGCUGCUGGCCCCAUCCGAGGGAACAGGACAUAAGCAGAUGUUCAGCCCAGCAGAGGAAAGCCAGGCAUUUCUUCAGCUGACUGCUCUGUGUCGAGACCACACUUUGGUUGGCAUGAAGUUGCUGGAUAAGAUUUCCUGUGUUCCUUGUGGGGAGCUAUCCUGCACCACAGAGCUCCUGAUCCUGGCUCAUCACUGCUUCACCCUGACAUGCCACAUGGAGGGCAUCAUGCAAGUCCUGCAGGCCGCCCGCAUGCUCACGGAUAACCACUUGGCUCCCAAUGAGGAAUAUGGGCUGGUGGUCCGGCUCCUCACUGGCAUUGGAAGGUACAGUGAGAUGGCGUACAUAUUUGAUUUGUUGCAUCAAAAACACUACUUUGAAGUGCUGAUGAGGAAGAAGCUGGAUCCGAGUGGGACCCUGAAGACAGCCCUGUUGGAUUACAUCAAACGCUGCCGCCCAGGGGACAGUGAGAAGCACAACAUGAUUGCCCUGUGCUUUAGCAUGUGCCGAGAGAUCGGGGAGAACCAUGAGGCAGCUGCCUGUAUUCAGCUGAAGUUGAUCGAGUGUCAGACCUGGGAGGACAACCUCAAGGAUGGGCAGCAGCUAAAGCAGCUGCUAUUGAAGGCCCUAACCCUGAUGCUGGAUGCAGCUGAGAGUUAUGCCAAGGAUUCCUGUGUGCGACAGGCGCUGCACUGUCACCGGCUCACCAAGCUGAUAACACUACAGAUUCACUUUCUGAACACUGGCCACAACACAAUGGUCAUCAACUUAGCCCGCCAUAAGCUGAUGGACUGCAUCAUGACCCUGCCUCGGUUUUACCAGGCAUCUAUUGUAGCUGAGGCAUACGACUUUGUCCCAGAUUGGGCUGAAAUUCUGUACCAACAAGUGAUAAUUAAAGGAGACUUUAAUUACUUGGAAGAAUUUAAGCAGCAAAGGUUAUUAAGACCCACUGUGUUUGAAGAGAUUUCAAAAAAAUAUAAACAACAUCAGCCUACUGACAUGGCCACAGAAAACCUGAAGAAGUUACUCUCCUACUGUGAAGAUAUCUACUUAUAUUACAAGUUGGCGUAUGAACACAAAUUUUAUGAAAUUGUAAAUGUGCUUCUGAAGGACCCUCAAACAGGUUGCUGUCUAAAAGACAUGCUUGCUGCUUAGACGAUUUCAGUGGUGCCUGUGGUCUUGAAACAACAGGUUCUGACGGAUGUCCAUGAUCAAGAGCAGAGUGCAUUGGGCAGCUUGUGUCUGACUUGGGAAAGUCCAGGAAGGCACCAUCUCAGUCCUUUGUGGGUGAGAUAAUGAAGGAGAGAAUUUUCAGCAGGAAAUUCCUGUUUGGAAGUGAUUGCUCAUCUAUACUGUUUUACAUGGAUGCUUGGUGUUAAGAUCAAAAGCUUCCUCAGGAUGAAAUUGCUGCAUUAGGAGGUAAUGCAAUGAUUAAAGGAUACCUGUGCCUGCAGAUUCCAGUUUCAAAGAAAUUUAAUAUUAUUUACACAGUUAAGGAACAGGUGAUACAUUUUCAUUUGUUAGAAACUGAUCUUUCUAUAAUAAAAUAGAUUUUAAAUUCAGUGUAUGUCAUUAUUACUGCUAAGGAAAUCUUAGCCCUUAUCUGCCUUAAAACAGUAUUUGCUGUAUAAUUAUUGCUGUGUAGUCAGACCUAUUAAUUCACCAAGUCGCAUAAAUGGUCCUGUUUUACAUUUAGUCAACCGAGCCAAGGAUCCUAUUUCAUAUGGAAAUUUUGAAAUACUUUUUGCUCUGGUUGUGACAACUGGGACAAAAAAGACAAACCCUCAAAUCUUAUUAAAUCUAGAAUAAGAUAAAGAUCCCAGUUUAUGCUUCUACUCAUAACCUGAGUUGUAGGCUCUACUAUGCCAAAUAAAUAGUUCUUCUAGUACUUAAUUAGACCUUAGUAUUUA